AGCUGCAGAUCAGCGACCUUCCUCUGGGCUGAGGAUGAGGAGGACGUCUGGUGUUCUCUGACUUUGACUUUAUUAUUUCUUUGGGACCAUUUUUCACCUUUGAAGCGACGCAUGGACUCAGUGUGAGCGACUCACCUGCCCGCUGCUUCCUGUCCACUCACCUUUUAUAAACCUGUUUGUAAGCCGACUGUGGUAAAAUGUCUCUGCUUGUAGCUGACCUGACCGUAGGAGCCAUGACUGAGUUCCAGGAGAAGCUCCGUCAGCAGCACGAGGAGUCGAUGCACCGCGAGCUGCAGGCGCUGCUCGCCACGGCCGACAAGGCGGAGGCAGAGAUCUCCAGGAAAGACUUCGACGGCUUCAAGAAGCUCUUCCACAGAUUCCUCCAGGUCAAAGGUCCCGCCGUCGACUGGGCCAAGAUCAACCGUCCCCCCGAGGACUCGAUCCAGCCCUACGACAGGAUCAAGGCCAAGGGUCUCCCCGACGACAUCGCCGCCUGCCUCAACAAGCUCGCCGUGGUCAAACUGAACGGAGGUCUGGGGACCAGCAUGGGCUGCAAGGGCCCCAAGAGUCUGAUCAGCGUCCGCAACGAGAACACCUUCCUGGACCUGACGGUGCAGCAGAUCGAGCACCUGAACAAAGCGUUUAAGGCCGACGUUCCGCUCGUUCUGAUGAACUCCUUCAACACCGACGAGGACACGAAGAAAAUCCUGCAGAAAUACAAACACCACAAGGUGAAGAUCCACACCUUCAACCAGAGCAGGUAUCCGAGGAUCAACAAGGAGUCGCUGCUGCCGAUCGCCACGAACAUUGGGAUGGGCGGAGACAAUGCGGAGGCGUGGUACCCGCCGGGUCACGGAGACGUCUACGCCAGCUUCCACAACUCGGGGCUGCUGGACAAGCUGAUCGCCGAGGGGAAGGAGUACAUCUUCGUGUCCAACAUCGACAACCUGGGCGCCACCGUCGACCUCUUCAUCCUCAACCACCUGAUGAGCCAGCCGGCCGACAAGCGCUGCGAGUUCAUCAUGGAGGUCACCGACAAGACCAGAGCUGACGUCAAGGGCGGCACUCUGAUCCAGUACGAGAACCACCUGAGGCUGCUGGAGAUCGCCCAGGUCCCGAAGGCCCACGUGGACGAGUUCAAGUCCGUCACCAAGUUCAAGAUCUUCAACACCAACAACCUGUGGAUCUCUCUUCCCGCCAUGAAGCGGCUGCAGCAGAAGAACAGCAUGGACCUGGAGAUCAUCGUCAACCCCAAGACGCUGGACGGCGGCCUGAACGUCAUCCAGCUGGAGACGGCGGUCGGCGCCGCCAUCAAGAGCUUCGACAACGCCCUGGGCGUGAACGUGCCGCGCAGCCGCUUCCUGCCGGUGAAGACGUCGUCCGACCUGCUGCUGGUCAUGUCCAACCUGUAUAGCCUGGACGCCGGCUCGCUCACCAUGAGCAGGAUGAGGGAGUUCCCCACCACGCCGCACGUCAAGCUGGGCAGCUCCUUCACCAAGGUUCAGCAGUUUCUGGCUCGGUUCGAGAGCAUCCCCGACAUGUUGGAGCUGGAUCACCUCACCGUGUCCGGAGACGUCACCUUCGGGAAGAACGUCUCUCUGAAGGGAACCGUCAUCAUCAUCGCGAAUCACGGCGACCGGAUCGAUAUUCCCGCCGGGGCGAUGCUGGAGAACAAGAUCGUCUCAGGAAACCUGCGCAUCCUCGACCACUGAGGCCUUCUGGGAAAAAAAAAACAAACCAAAGCCAUUUGCACCUUGAAGAGACUCUUGAGUGAAGAACGACCUGUUACAGAGACAAUCAGCUUGUUGGUGUCCAUUUCAAUGUGAAGUCAGCCUGAAAGGGUCAAAGGUCAACCACCUCCUCCUCCUCGUUCUUCCUCCUGACGCACUUUGCUGCUUUUCAGGAAGAAACUCGCUGUUACUGCAAACAAUCGCUGCAAAGUCUGAGCCGACUCCGGCCCGACUGCGGCCCAACUGCGGCUAACUCACUGUCUCAUGUCAAUAAAAAAAAAACACAUGUCA